GUGGUUCAUUAACCAAGUUGGCUUAUUAUUCAACUGUGCAGCACAAAGUGGCAAGAGUGAGAUCUUUUGAUCAUUCUGGGAAGGACAUAGAAAAUGAACCUUUGUAUGAAAUAUCAGUUCAAGAGGAGAUUACAGCUCGACUUCACUUCAUUAAGUUUGAAAACACUUACAUUGAAACCUGCCUAGACUUCAUCAAAGACCAUCUUGUCAAUACAGAGACAAAAGUCAUCAAAGCUACAGGUGGUGGUGCCUAUAAAUUCAAAGACCUAAUUGAGAAGAAAUUGGGGUUGAAAGUAGAUAAAGAAGAUGUAAUGACCUGCCUAAUUAAAGGAUGCAACUUCGUGCUGAGGAACAUACCCCAUGAAGUGUUUGCAUACCAGAAAGAUUCAGAUACAGAAUUCCGAUUUCAGACGAACCACCCAAAUAUUUUCCCUUAUUUACUGGUGAAUAUCGGCUCUGGGGUUUCUAUAGUGAAGGUAGAAACAGAAGACAAGUUUGAAUGGAUUGGAGGGAGCUCAAUCGGAGGUGGAACUUUCUGGGGUCUUGGAGCGCUGCUCACAAAAACAAAGAAAUUUGACGAAUUGCUGCAACUGGCUUCCAAGGGCCAGCACACGAACGUGGACAUGCUUGUGAAAGACGUGUAUGGGGGCGCCUGCCAGACCCUGGGGCUCAGUGGGAAUCUGAUCGCCAGCAGCUUCGGGAAGUCUACUACAGCAGACAAAGAAUUUUCCAAAGAAGAUAUGGCAAAAAGUUUACUACAUAUGAUCAGCAAUGACAUUGGUCAGCUCGCCUGCCUCUAUGCUAAACUCCAUAACUUAGAUAAAAUAUAUUUUGGAGGAUUCUUUAUUCGGGGUCACCCUGUUACUAUGCGCACAAUAACCUACAGUAUCAACUUCUUCUCCAAGGGAGAGGUUCAGGCAUUGUUCCUGAGACAUGAAGGCUACCUGGGAGCCAUUGGGGCAUUUUUAAAAGGAGCUGAACAAGACAAUCCAAACCAGUAUAGCUGGGGAGAGAAUUAUGCUGGGAGUUCUGGUCUUAUGAGCAGCACAUCACCUGACGUUUACCCUAUGCAGAGAUCAAGGAGUGGUACAUUUGACAUGCUUGAAAUGGAUAGGUUGGAGAGACCGCUUGUUAACCUGCCGCUGCUGAAAGACCCCUCGACUUAUAUUCCAGACACUGUUGACCUCACAGAUGAUGCCAUGGCCAGAAAAUACUGGCUCACCUGCUUUGAGGAGGCACUGGAUGGGGUGGCAAAGCGUGCUGCAGCAAGUCAGCCAGACUCUACUGACGCACUGGAGAGAGCCGAAAAGUUCCGACAGAAAUACUGGAAUAAGCUCCAGACGCUCAGACAGCAGCCUUUCGCAUAUGGUACCUUAACAGUUAGAAGUCUUUUGGAUACAAGGGAGCACUGUUUAAACGAGUUCAAUUUUCCGGAUCCCUAUUCCAAGGUAAAGCAGAAAGAAAAUGGCAUAGCCUUAAAAUGUUUUCAAAGCGUAAUCGAAUCUUUGGAUUCAUUAGGCUGGGAGGAGAGGCAGUUUGCUCUGGUGAAAGGACUUCUUGCGGGGAAUGUCUUUGACUGGGGAGCAAAAGCAGUCUCAGACGUUCUGGAAUCUGAGCCACAGUUUGGAUUUGAAGAAGCCAAGUCAAAACUACAAGAACGUCCCUGGUUGGAAGAUUCCUACAGUCAGUGGCUUGAGCGGCUGAAGGGCCCCCCUCAUAAAUGUGCCUUAAUUUUCGCAGAUAACAGUGGAAUAGACAUAAUUUUAGGAGUCUUUCCUUUUGUCAGAGAGCUCCUUUCUAGAGGGACAGAGGUUAUAUUGGCUUGUAACUCUGGCCCUGCCCUAAAUGAUGUCACCUACAGUGAAUCCCUGAUUGUCACGGAGCGGAUAGCAGCGAUGGAUCCAGUUAUUCAGUCUGCACUGAGGGAAGAGAAGCUGCUGUUGGUCCAGACAGGCUCAAGUUCUCCAUGUCUAGAUCUAAGCCGCCUGGAUAAAGGUUUGGCCGUGCUGGUCAGAGAGCGGAAGACAGACUUGGUCAUCAUCGAGGGCAUGGGCCGUGCCAUCCACACGAAUUACUACGCAGCUUUGAAGUGCGAGAGCCUCAAGCUCGCCGUUAUCAAGAACUCCUGGCUUGCCGAUCGUCUCGGAGGGAAAAUUUUCAGCGUCAUUUUUAAGUACGAAGUGCCAUGUAAAUGAUACGAAUCUGGUCAAGCGGGUGGACGGGAGCAGCGGAACGGACUUGCACUAGUUUUACUUUAACUGUAAAGAAUGUAUUUUUAUUACAACAGGGAAAAGAGUUCACAUGAAAUUCCGUAUUUAUAUUGUGCUUUUGUGACUUAAAAAAAAGCAACAAUAUGAUUCACUCUAUAGUAUACCCACUCAAAUAUAUAUAUGUAUAUCACUCAUUGUUUAUUUUGGUAAGUGUUUAUUUUAAUGCUGCAGUAUUUGUGAUGGAAAGACUUUAUUUUUCUGUUCUGUGAGACAUUCAUAUAGAAAUAUAUUUAAAUGUCAA